AAACGACAGGCGUUUUCUACGGUUGCAAUAGUCCGGCAGAAGUUAAUAUAUUACUUAAGGUAUAAGUAUACUUAACUACUAAAAUUAUUAAGUUUAAUGUAAUUAACCCCCAAACCUUUUAAGCUAAAUUUACCAAAGUUGCUCAGAAGGAAGUUUUUAGCAUUCUCUUCAAAAAGAGAGUUAAAAUCGGAUUAUAAUCCCCGCCCACUCCUCAUAUAACGGUUAUGCUGAAAGCCACUAAAAAUGGGAUAACUCAAUAAAUUAAAAUGUCAGACAUAAUAAAGCUUUAUAGGAGCCGGUAUAAAAAUUGGACAUUGGUCGUGGCACUGCCCAUAUAUAGGUGAAAACCCCGGAGGUGCUUUACCAAUUGCUCUAAGGACAUCAAAUUUCUGUGAAAUACUGAAAACUUUCAUCGUUAAGUAAGUUACCAUAAUUUAAUAAAAAUAAUUUAUAACUAAAUGGCACUGAUCGGUAUGAAUGUCUUUAUAGCAAUGAAACACCGUUGUUAGAGCAUUCCGCUUACUACCUAAAAUAGUAGGAAAAGUACCGUUAGAAACAUAAUUGUUUUUAUAGAAUAUUAUAAAGCUUUAAAAUAACAUCAUUCUUUCUUGGAAUGGGAGCACAUUUUUUCAGUAUUUCUCAGAAAUAUAAUUUCUUUAUAGCAAUGAAACAAAGUGUAUAAGCCAACAUGUAAGAGCAGACUGUUCCUACGACAGUCGGGUCUACGUAACAGGAACGGACCCGGACUCGGAGUGUUUCCAUAUUAUGAGAUCAAAAAGCCGACUUUUGCGUAUUUCAAAAAUACGCUCUUAAAGUUUUGUGUUGAAAUUUUUUAAAUGAGGAAAUCUUAUCCGCCGCUGCUUGGCGUAAACUUUUUUUUUCGUAAAACCAAUUUUUCCAGUAGGUGGUACGUCGAAAAGACGCAUUAUUUAAAAGAUUUUAAAAAUGUUAAAAAUUUUAAAAUUAUUCGUUUUUGGCUGAGAUCAUUUAUUUCUUCCAUUUGCAGUAUGUGUACCUCAUAAAGGCAUGUGUACAGCUGCAAACAUGAAAAUAGCAGUACCUAUGUGAGUUUUGUAUAAAUCCCAGUUAAGGAGCAUAAUGAACUCCUCCAAGCAUUUUUUGCUGGGGAGUUUUCGUACUUGAUUGAUGUGACGUUCCGACGUUUGCUGGUCUGAACACGUCACGAAACAUACUAUGCACGGAACAACCUGGAGUUUUCGAGUGGUUUUCGCACGAAGAUUGGAGCGGAACUAAUUGCAUGCAUGUGGCCAUGUAACUUGUGGCCCACUUCCGGUGUGUCUUAAGAUCUGAGCAGGUCUUAAUAUGGCUUCGGCCAUUGCAUGUAUUGCAUCUUGCUGAGGUGGAGUAUGGAUGUAGCGCAAACGCAGCUACACUCCGCUCCACUAAUGACAAUCUUAAUCUAAAACUCACCGAACCCAACAGGGUUAGUUCGCCGAAAAGAGCCCUUGGACGGAUAAAAUCCGGCUCAAUUUCGAUAAUGUAGAACCGGCUGUCGUGAUAAUUGCCAAAAUGUUAAUAAACCCGUGAAAGCUGUAACUUGAGUAAAAAUUGAGAUAUCUUAAUGAAAUUUGUACAAAAAAUUCGAGUUCGUAGAUGGGCGUAAUCAGACUACUGCCACGCUCACAAGCGCCAUUAACAGAAAACGUAAAAAUUGCCAUAACUAAGUACUAAAUUAAGAUAUAAAAUUGUACUUUGGUGGCAAAGGGGAUCACAGUUCGCAAGGGGCAUCUGUGUAUAAUUUUGAAAAAGUGGGCGUGGCCACGCCCUCUAAUAUGUUUAAUGUACAUAUCUCUUAAACCACUAUAGCAACAACAACCAAAUUUGCUAAGAUCAAAUUAUAGAAGAACUACCGACAGUGUAAAAAUGGGUGAAAUCGGAAGAUAACCCCGCUCACUCCUCAUAUAACGAUACUGUUCAAAAUUACUAAAAGCGCAAUAAAUCCAUUACUAGUUACGCCAGAGUCAUUAAAUUUUACCUCGGAGAUGGUAUAAGAAGGCUUUAUGAGACCUGGUGUAAAAAUUGAACAAUGGGCGUGGCACCGCACACUUUUUGGUGAAAUCCCAUAUCUUGGGACCCGACCAACCGAUUUCGACUAAAUUUUAAAUAUAUGCAGCAUUGAACCAAAAACUUUGAUGGAUCAGAUGAAGACCACAUGCCUAAUGUCCAGAGAGAUUUUUCAAUCAUAAUCAACGCCCACUGCAAUAAAAUGGUUGGUACGCAAGAACAAACUUUGAAGUCCCACUCAGGAAGUAAUUUAACGCACAUACUCAACCAUCACGACAUAACUGCAGUAGAUAAGAUAAUCACAAAUACUGUUGAAGGUACAAUUACCGAUACAUCCAUUGGGAACAAUGUUACUAAUCAUUCAACGAAUGAAGUUGUCAAUCAUAAUAGUGACUUUAUAACAGACAUCUCUCACGCAAGAAAAACAAUCACUUAUGCAGAUACCACUGUAACCGUGAUAAAGAACGCUAACGAAAAUGUCAUCUCGAAAAUUGAUUUCUGUUCGCGGAUCCAAUCACAAAAACAAUAUAUUCAUAACUGUGGCAACAGUGAUACUUGUUACAAGCAAAAUAUUGUUCGACAAACAAAAGUGUUCCAAGAAGAUUCCACCGAUACUAUCAAUGGGUUAUCUGCCCAAUUUCAAAUAUCUCUGCCUGGACAAAUGGAUAAAAACAUCAGUCCUGACGAACAACUUAGUAUUGAUAAUGAAGAAAAAGGAAAGAUUGAUGCAGUUGACAAGAGUUGGUAUUCCUCUAAAUCUCUUACGGUAUUAUCACUGGGAAGGAUGAUUUCUACGUCUGGUGGUUUACCAUCUGCAUCCCCUUCGACACCAAUUGCGACUUUAAAAAGUCAAAUCUGUGUCGGUUUACCAACAGAUACAACAUGUAAUAAACCAUGUAGUGAAACGUUACCAAAAAUUGCUGCAGUAGAUGGUCAAUUGGUGGAAGUAUCUAAAGUUGGAGAAACAUUUUUGCUGCAUGAGCAGAUCAUUAUGUCAGGGCAGCAAAAGUGUGCUUUACAAGAGAAACCAAAGUCAUUAGUGGUAUCCCCGCAACAAGUAAUGAUAUUAUAUAUGCAUAAAUUAACUCCAUAUGAACGUGCUGAAAUAUUAGCGUAUCCGCAUAUAUAUUUUAUUGGUGCCAACGCUAAAAAACGAUCAGGCAUUUUCGGCCCAAAUAAUUCUGACUAUGAUAACGAACAGGGAGCCUAUAUCUAUAUACCACAUGACCAUGUGGCCUAUCGGUAUGAAAUGCUUAAAGUGAUAGGCAAAGGGAGCUUUGGACAGGUAAUUAAAGCAUAUGACCAUAAGACACAUGAACAUGUCGCUUUAAAAAUGGUCCGAAAUGAAAAACGCUUUCAUCGACAAGCGCAGGAAGAAAUUCGCAUUUUGCAUCAUUUGCGUAGACAAGACAGGUAUAAUACAAUGAACAUAAUCCAUAUGUUUGAUUAUUUUACAUUUCGGAACCAUAUGUGUAUUACUUUUGAGCUGCUCAACAUCAAUUUAUAUGAGUUGAUAAAAAAAAAUGGUUUCAAAGGUUUUAGCCUUCAACUUGUGCGAAAAUUUGCACAUUCGCUAUUACAAUGUUUAGAUGCAUUAUACAGGAAUGAAAUUAUUCACUGUGAUAUGAAGCCUGAAAACGUAUUACUUAAGCAGCAAGGACGUUCCGGCAUAAAGGUCAUCGAUUUUGGUUCAUCAUGCUAUGAAAGUCAACGUGUUUAUACUUACAUUCAAUCUCGUUUCUACCGCGCACCUGAAGUUAUACUUGGAUGUAAAUACGGUCGCGCAAUUGACAUGUGGUCAUUUGGAUGCAUUUUGGCUGAGUUGCUUUCUGGGCAUGCCCUUUUUCCAGGGGAAAAUGAAAGUGACCAGUUAGCAUGUAUAAUUGAAGUUCUUGGUAUACCUAACAAAAACUUGCUUGUCUGUGCCAAACGCGCAAAGGCUUUCUUUAACCCAAAGGGAUAUCCUAGAUACUGUACGAUACGCACAAUGCCUGACGGUACGAUCGUUUUAACUGGUGGCCAAUCACGUAGAGGAAAGAUUCGUGGACCGCCAAGUUCUAAAAGCCUGUCAAAUGUUUUAGAUGGUUGCAAAGACGCAUUAUUUUUAAAUUUUAUACGCAGUUGUUUAGAAUGGGAUCCACAAAAGCGAAUAACACCAGCAGAAGCCCUUAAGCAUCCGUGGUUGCGCCGACGUCUUCCAAGGCCCCCUAAUUAUGUUAGUUAUUCUGGUGAUGGAGAAAAUAUUAAUGGUGACAAUAGAAACAAUCGCGAUCAUACUCCUAUAAACGGUAAAGAUUACUAACGAGUAUCUGGAUUCUACAGCACAAUUUUGCGAGCUUCUCAGGUUUAGUACGUCUCUAUAAUUAAAUCGUUGAAGGCAUAUAAAGUGGACAAUGAUGCUCAUGGCUCCUCCAUAUAGUAAAUAUGUUUCGCCCCAAAAAAUUUUAUAAUUAUGAACGUUUUAGUAAUAUGUAAUGACUUUUAUGUUGUAGGUCAUUUUAAGACAACAGGGAACAUGCUUUCAAAACAAUGCAUUUCUUUCCAUAGUGUUAUAAGUAACAUGAAUAAAGACGAACGUAAAAGUUAUUUAAAUGAAGGACAGAAAAAAAUUAAUUAAAAUUAAGGGAGAAUAUUCUUUAUUCAACAAGAUCGAUAAUGCACUACAUAUUUGGUUUCUUGGUCGAGUAGGUGUAACAAUAAAAUAUUUCACCUCAAAGUGGGCGAUGUCACACCUAUUGUGAAACUUUGAUACUGCAUCUGUACCUAUGUAGAUCUUCUGUUGUCUUAUCUCUACUUUUAAUUUUAAUGACUCUGAUGUUUUUGGUUUGACAGUUUUUGCAUUUUUAGCAAUUUAGAGCAUAAUCUUUGUUAAGAAGGUAAGAGUGGUUAUUAUCCGAUUUUACCACCGUAUCAAAGAAGAAGUAGUUCUUCUUCUUCGCGUGGACACCUCUAACGCAGUUAUAGCCGAAAGUACAACAGUGAGUCAAUCGUUAUUCCUUUACGCUGUUUGGCGCCAAGGAAGUGUAGCCAGGUUCUUCUCCACCUGGUCUUUCCAAACGGAUUGGAGGUUUUCGUAGCCGCUGUCUUUUCAUUGGCUUAACUACGUCAAUGUGUGGUAUAUCUCGAAUAGCUCAUUGUUCCAUCGACUGCGAUAUUCAAGGUUGCCGAUGCGCAAAGGACCUUGGCUGUGAAUCUUCCGAAGAACCUUUGUCUCGAAAACUCGUCUCAUCAAAAUCCGACUCAUCAAAUAUUGUCUUCGUCCAUGCUUUUGCACUAUAUAGUAUACCAGGACGGGGUAAUGAGUGACUUGUAGAAGUUGGUCCUUGUUCAGUCCGUAGUAGCUCCUGUUGGCAAGAGUUAUUCUGCGUUAGAUUUCGAGGCUGACGUUGUUGUUGGUGUUCAUGCCGAUUCCAAGAUAGACGAAAUUACCUGUGACGACUGUUUGUUUCACGACAGAAGAUAUUUCGUCUACCAGACGUAUUGACUUCGUUUGAUUAUCCAAUUUGGAGAAAGUAGAACUAACCACGCGGUUGUUGAUGUUAAUUAUAUCAACAUCAUCAGCUAUUCACUCUUAUAAAAGAUUGUGUCUUCUCGAUUCAGCUCUUCAGCUCGAAUUAUUUUCUCCAGCAGUAGAUUAAAGAAGUCGCACUAUAGGCUGCCACCUUUUCUGAAACAUAGAUCUUGACGAAGCUUUUGGUAUUGCUCAAAUUUGAAAUCAGCCGUAUUAGUUAUGCGGGGAUACCAAAUUCAGACAUCGCGGCAUAAAAGCAGCUCCUUUUCGUGCUCUCAAAAGCAGCUUUAAAAUUGAGGAACAGGUGAUGUGGGUUAGUCUUCUUUUCACUUUUUUUUUAUAAUUUGGGCUUGAGGCAUCCCACAGUAGUUGGCACAGAUUGUGGAUUUCCAUGUAUUACCUCUCUCGGCCAGCUUGUGAAACUCCUCGUGCUCACGCAUUUCGGCCUCUCUCUUUUUUUUGUCUGCAAAUGCAUCUGGCCGAGAUCGCCUUACGACAGUUCCCUUAUAUAGAGUUGCUGAUGCGGGCUCUCAGAAAGCAAAAGUGUAAACCGAGUAGAAAAUCGUUCGACGGUUUUUAUUACAGCUUUACGUCGUCGAACCUUCCUUGUGUUUAUUGCCGUGCAUUUUUUGUAGCACAAAGACUUCGUAACUUCGCUGCAACAAGAUAGUCCGAGUCAAUGCUCUCACAACAUGAUCGAUUGGAUUGGUGGCGUUUCGAUCCGGAGACAGCCAGUUGGUGAAUUUUCCUAUACUGGAAUGUACUACUACAGAUAACCAUGUUUCUGGUCCCGGCGGAGUCGAUUAGCCUCAACCCAUUAGGGGAUGUUUCAUCAUAGAGCCUGAAUUUAUCGGCCGUUGUGCUAAAGAUAUCUUGUUUGCCCACCCACCCAGAAAAUCGUAAUCUCUAAUACGUUUGCGUCGUCAUCAAAAGAAGCUCUUUGGCUCUUUCUAUUGGGGUUAAAUGUUGAAGAUACGUUUCAUCUAUAUACAAGUACCGUCUCAAAAAUUUGAAAUACUUACGACAAGACAAGUACAGUUUUCGGUUAAGGCUUUGACAGAUGUGAAUAAGUAUUACAAAAACAAAAUUGUGCUAUCCAAAUUCCGUUGGUGUCAUACUUGACGUAGAUUGUAAGCGCUUUAAUAAUUCGAGAAAUAAAUGUAACAUAUUUUAUAGAAUAA